AUGGCAUCGUCCCCGUUGUUCCAGGCCCUACGCUUAGCCUACAACGAGGACGUUCCAGAUGGAUACUGGGGCGAGAAGACGUCUACGCUGAACUUUUGCGAAGAGGACUAUGCAGUUUCGUACUACUGCGCAGAGGUCUGUAAUACGUUUACGAAUCUCCUGUUCCUCUGGCUCGGCUUCAAAGGCGUGCACAAUUGCGCCUCUGAGAAACACCCGCGCAUAUUCCUCAUCGCCUAUCUGGGCUAUGUUGUUGUCGGUCUUGGCUCCACGGCCUUCCAUACAUCAUUAAAAUACCCUAUGCAGCUGAUAGAUGAACUAUCCAUGAUUUACACGACUUGUCUGAUGGUCUUUGCCACGUUUUCAUUUUCAAAAUCACCGCAGUUCGCUGUCUUCUUGGGCAGUGGCCUUGCUCUCCUGGCAGGGUUCAUUACGUAUUAUUACCACCUUACAAAGGAUCCUGUGUUCCAUCAAGUCUGUUAUGCAGCGCUUACAGCAACGGUUGUCCUGCGGAGUUUGUACGUGAUGGAGACCCAGCUACGCCCGGUCCUAGCCAAGAGAAACCAGGCUAAGGCUCAUGGAAUUCUUGAGACUAUGUGGAUCAUGGUUGGUACGGGUCUCGGCGUAUUUCUCAUGGGCUUUCUCAUUUGGAACCUGGACAACGCUUUCUGCAGCCAGAUUCGAGGCUGGCGGCGACAGCUUGGGCUGCCCUGGGGUGCCGUGCUUGAGGGUCACGCCUGGUGGCACCUGAUGACAGGAAUCGCAUACUACUACAUUACCUGGGGGAUUUGGCUCCGUAGAUGUCUUGAGGGCCGCGAGGAUGAGUACAAGCUUGUUUGGCCCAGGUUGCUAUCGUCGAUACCACUCGUCGUCAGGAGCAAGAAGGCUGAAUGA